AUGGAUAUAGAAAUCCUGCUCUGUGAUCUACCGAAAAGAUGGUGGCCACUGUGCUCCCCUCAGGACAACAUGUUCAACCUGAUGAGCAACUGCUGCAGCUGGGUCUCCAAAUACCAGCAACCCGUCAGGAAGGCCACAGUGUUGGUGGUUGGUCUUGACAAUGCAGGAAAAACGUCCACAGUCAAAGGGAUCUUAAAAGUGUUCCCGGGUGAGUCGAACCCCGCGCAGGGAUGCAUUCAAACUGAUCUGAGAGUGGACAACUUCCUGGUCACCCUGCUGGACAUGGCUGGAGUGACGGAGUUUCGUGGAGCCUGGAAGGACCACUAUGGUGAAGCUCAUGGCAUCAUCUUUGUGGUGGACUCCAGCGACAGACCACGGAUUCGGGAAGUCAAGGAGCUUCUGGUGGACCUACUGAAGCAGCCCAGGGUGGCGGGAAAGCCCCUCUUGGUGCUGGCCAACAAGCAGGACAAGAUGGGGGCUCUACUGGGAAGUGAGCUGAUCGAGGCCCUACAGUUGGAGAAGCUGGUCAACCAGAGCCACUCUCUCUGCCACAUUGAGCCGUGUUCGGCCUUGUUGGACGUGCGAAGGUGGUCAGACAGGAAGGCAUUGCGGGGCCUGCGCUGGCUGCUGAGGGCCAUUUCUCUGGACUACCCUGAGCUGUGUGCCCGUGUGGCCAGGGAUCAUAAGCGGCCACCAGGCCCAGAGGAGAAGGACAGGCGCGUGAAAAAUGAGAAAGGGCGCGGCAAGCCUAAGGAAGACAGAAUCCGCAGCAGCAAGACUGAUCUUCGCCAAGCCCAGCGCCCCCAGAAGGAUAAGGAACCUCAGCCUGGGGGCAAAUUGGAGCCCAUUCGAAAUAUCCUGAAAAAGGAUGGCACUAUGAAAAGGAAGCUGAAGAAGAAGAAGCAGGUGAAGAUUAAGGAUGGUGUGAAGAGCAGUACAAGGAGGAGGGAGGAAGAGGAGGAGGAAGAAGGGGUGGAGGCGGAGCAAGAGCUGAGCGGGCAAAAGGAGGAGAAAGCCAGCACUGCCCUGUUGCCCCGCAACCGUGGAAAGCUGACCCGCAAAGCCAGGGUGAAAGAGGAGACCAUGGAGCUUAGAGAAUCACCUGACAAUGAAGAAUCUAAACCAAAGACAGGAAAAGGAGAAAAGAAGAAAAAGAAAAAACCUGUUAAAGUGAAGAGGAAAAACAAAAUAAACACAGAAGAGAUGCCAGCAGCAUACUCCCAGCCAGUGGACCUUUCUGCUACUUUUGAUCUCUACAGACAAGCCAUUUUGGCUCUGAAGGCCCGACAGGAGCAGGGCCACUGA